GGGACGGACUAGAUCCGCGCUGUGGGCUGGUCGUGGGCGGGCAAAUUAAAACGCUCAGCCCAAUGGAAAAGAAGGGAUCAGGUGCCCGGGGCCACACAGGUCGCCGGGAAUUUGGCGGUGCUAGCCAAGGGCGGAGUUUGAGAAAGGGGCAGCGCUCCAUGAGUAGAGCGAGCCGUGCCAGGGGCGAAGGCUCUUCAGCCAUGACCUCCACCGGCCAAGAUUCUUCUACCAGGCAGCGAAGGGGUAGGCACAAUCCCCAGUCGCCCCCUCAAGACUCCAGCGCCACCUUGAAGCGAGGUGUUAAGAAGGGUACUGCACCCCACUCCAGCCCCAAUCUAGCAGAGGUAAAGAAAAAAGGCAAAAUGAAGAAGCUCAGCCAAGCAGUUGAAGAAGACCUGAUCGCGGGGCUCCAAGAGCUGGAUCUGAACCCUGAGACAAGAGUAUUGGUUGGUACUGGAUUGGUGUUUGAUGAGCAGCUAAAUGACUUCCACUGCCUUUGGGAUGACAGCUUCCCUGAAUGCCCCGAGCGGCUCCAUGCCAUCAAGGAGCAGCUGAUUCUGGAGAGCCUCCUGGACCGUUGUGUGUCUUUUCAGGCCCGGUUUGCUGAGAAGGAGGAGCUGAUGUUGGUUCACAGCCUGGAAUACAUUGAUCUGAUGGAAACAACCCAGUACAUGAAUGAAGGAGAACUUCGCAUACUAGCAGGCACCUAUGAUUCAGUUUAUCUGCAUCCGAACUCAUACUCAUGUGCCUGCCUGGCCACAGGCUCUGUCCUCAGGCUGGUAGAUGCGGUCCUGGGGGCUGAGAUUCGGAAUGGCAUGGCCGUCAUCAGGCCUCCUGGACACCAUGCCCAGCGCAGUCUUAUGGAUGGGUAUUGCAUGUUCAACCAUGUGGCUGUGGCUGCCCGCUAUGCUCAAAAGAAGCACCGCAUUCAGAGGAUUCUUAUUGUGGAUUGGGAUGUGCACCAUGGUCAAGGAACACAGUUCAUCUUCGACCAGGACCCCAGUGUCCUGUAUUUCUCCAUCCACCGAUAUGAGCAGGGUCGGUUCUGGCCCCACCUUAAGGCUUCUAACUGGUCCACUACAGGUUUUGGCCAAGGCCAAGGAUAUACCAUCAAUGUACCUUGGAACCAGGUGGGGAUGCGGGAUGCUGACUACAUUGCUGCUUUCCUGAACAUCCUGCUGCCAGUUGCCUUUGAGUUUCAGCCUCAGCUGGUCCUGGUGGCUGCUGGAUUUGAUGCCCUCCAAGGAGACCCCAAGGGAGAGAUGGCUACCACUCCACCAGGCUUUGCCCACCUAACGCAUUUGCUCAUGGGUCUGGCAGGAGGCAAGUUGAUUCUGUCUCUGGAGGGUGGCUAUAACCUCCAUGCCCUGGCUAAGGGUGUCAGUGCAUCACUCCACACUCUUCUUGGAGACCCUUGCCCCAUGCUGGAGUCCCCUGGUGCACCUUGCGCAAGUGCCCGGACUUCUAUCUCCUGCACUCUAGAAGCCCUUGAACCCUUCUGGGAGAUCCUUGCGGGAUCAGUCGAGCCCCAGGAGGAAGAUGAAGUGGAAGAAGAGGAAGAUGAGGAAGGCCGCUGGGAGACUGCCGCACUACCACUGGAUGCAUGGCCAGCGCUGCAGGAACGCACUGGGCUGGUCUAUGACGAAAAAAUGAUGAGCCACUGCAACCUGUGGGACAAUCAUCAUCCUGAGACACCUCAGCGCAUCUUACGGAUCAUGUGCCACCUAGAGGAGCUGGGCCUUGCAUCACGCUGCCUCAUCCUGCCUGUGCGGCCUGCCAUGGAUGCUGAGCUUCUUACCUGCCACAGCGCCGAGUACGUCGAGCGUAUCCGGGCCACAGAAAAGAUGAAAACCCGGGAGCUGCACCGUGAAGGUGCCAGCUUUGACUCCAUCUACAUCUGCCCCAGCACUUUCACCUGUGCCCAGCUUGCUGCAGGCGCCGCCUGCCGCCUGGUGGAAGCUGUGCUUUCAGGAGAGGUUUUGAAUGGCAUUGCCAUAGUGCGCCCUCCGGGACACCAUGCAGAACCAGAUGCUGCCUGUGGUUUCUGCUUUUUCAACUCUGUGGCUGUGGCUGCUCGCCAUGCCCAAGCCAUUGCUGGACGUGCCCUGCGGAUCCUGAUCGUGGAUUGGGAUGUUCAUCAUGGUAAUGGAACUCAGCACAUGUUUGAAGAUGACCCCAGUGUGUUAUACGUGUCCCUGCACCGGUACGACCGUGGCACUUUCUUCCCCAUGGGGGACGAGGGUGCCAGUAGCCAAGUAGGCCGAGCUGCCGGUAUAGGCUUCACUGUCAAUGUGCCCUGGAAUGGGCCCCGCAUGGGUGACGCUGACUACCUGAUUACUUGGUAUCGUCUGGUACUUCCCAUCGCCUAUGAGUUUAACCCAGAACUGGUGCUGGUUUCAGCUGGCUUUGAUGCUGCACAAGGGGACCCGCUGGGUGGCUGCCAAGUGACACCUGAGGGUUAUGCCCACCUUACUCACCUGCUGAUGGGCCUUGCCAAUGGCCGCAUUAUCCUUGUCCUAGAGGGUGGCUACAACUUGGCAUCCAUCUCUGAAUCUAUGGCUGCCUGCACCCAUUCCCUCCUUGGAGACCCACCACCCCCGCUUACCUUGCUGCGACCCCCACAGCCAGGAGCCCUGGCCUCAAUCAACGAGACCAUCCAAGUCCAUCGCAAAUACUGGCGCAGUUUGCGGAUGAUGAAGACGGAAGACAGGGAAGAAUGCUCCAGUUCUAAGCCUGUCUUCAAGAAGCUGCCCAAAGCGACCAGUCCUGUGUCAGCUAAGGGAACGACCACACCAAAAGGAAAGGUUCCAGAAGCAGGCCCAAGGAAGACUACGUUAUCUGCAAAAGAAUGUACUCUAGGCCAUACUAAAUCAAAGACAGCUAAGGCAGUGCUUGUUCAGGGCCAGUCCCCAGAACAAGCUGCUAGCGGAGCUCCACCGGACCAGGCCACCUCAAAGGAGACCGAGGGAGAAACCGCAGUGGACCAGCGUGCCUCAGCAGCAACCACACAUGUACCUGAUCAGACCACCUCAGAGGAGGCUGCGGGAGAAGAAACUGAGCCAAUUGGGACCCCUCCAGCCUCCUGUAGAGACAAAGAGAGCACAGAAGCUUCACCUGUGCAGGGAGCCGCAGCCCAGCAGUCCCCUGAGCAGCUGACUGGGAGUCUGAGCAGUUCGGAAGUAAGCGGUGGCGCUCAGGAGGCCCCUGAAGCCGAGGAGGGCCUACUAGGAGAAGCAGCUGGAGGUCAGAGCAUGAACAGCUUGAUGCUGACACAGGCAUUUGGGAACUUCAGUGGCCAGGAUGUAUUUUAUGCUGUGACCCCACUAUCCUGGUGUCCCCAUUUGACGGCAGUGUGCCCCAUUCCUGCAGAAGGCCUAGAUGUGGCCCAACCAUGUGAGACCUGUGGAACGGUCCAGGAGAACUGGGUGUGCCUGACUUGCUAUCAGGUGUACUGCAGUCGUUACGUCAACUCCCAUAUGGUCCACCACCACGAAGCUUCGGAACACCCACUAGUCCUCAGCUGUGUUGACCUGUCCACCUGGUGUUAUCACUGUCAGGCUUAUGUCCACCACCAGGUGAGAUCUCCAGGAGGUGAAGAGCGCUGCCCACCAGAACAAGUUUGGGGAGGACAUACCCCACUCACACUAAGUCCCAGAACCUGCUGCUGCCUGUUUGCCUUCUGAGGCCUUAGACAGAGCAGCUUAGUUCACUGCAGCCUGUACCUUGGAUGAGGGUGGCCUCACUUAAACCCAUCCCUGAAUAUCCUUUGCAAGGUGCUUGUUUAAGUGCAAAUCCUUUUAAAAAGACUAUGAUGUUCGGUUGUAGCUCUGCCCCUGCUCACUGCCUGCUCGAGGAACACCACUGUUCUACCCCAGAAGGAAAGAGGGACAACUUAGUAGCCCUAAGAAGGAGCUGCAAUCACCAGGAUGACAUUGAAGGGCACAACUGGCAGCUACAGCAGCCUUGCAUAUUUAAUAAAGUUUAAGUUGUUACAAAA